CCAUUUCUGUAAACGCUGUCAUUUGACUAGUUUCGUUUCUAACUGUUUAUUUCUAUUCUUGGAACAGAACCAGUUUUGCUCUCUUCAGUUGUGUUGCAAACGGUUCUAAUAAAAGGAACUAGAGCUGACCCAAGAGGAGCAUUAUGGGAACGACUGAGAGAAGCGGAAGCGUCCGAGAGUUACUGUCUUUUGUGAAACUGAAACUCUCAUGACAUAAAACAGCUGCAAUGGAUCUCAAAGAGCAAACUAUAGCGUCAUUAAAGAAAUACGAAACUCGCGACGAAUUUUCUUAUCUACCUGCUCUCCCUAAAGCGUCAGUGCUCAUUCCUCUGCUGGUGAAAGAUGGACAGCUGCAAGUAUUAUUGAACGUGCGUUCACUAAACCUCAAGGUACACGCAGGUGAAGUUUGUUUCCCUGGAGGCAAAUCUGAGUCCAGUGACAGAAAUGAAAUAGACACAGCAUUGAGAGAAGCAGAAGAGGAAAUUGGUCUUCCUCCUAACAGAGUGGAGGUGGUCUGCAAACUCUUCCCCGUCUUAAACAAGAAUGGUCUUCUCAUUACUCCAGUGGUUGCGUUCAUUGAGGAAUCUUUCAAAGCCAGUCCAAAUCCACAUGAAGUGAGCGAGGUGUUCACUCUUCCUCUGGAGUUUUUCACUAAAGAGGCCGAUCAUUCCUGCUAUCCUGUGCCAGGCGCCUUUGGAUCGACACAUAGUUUUAUAUACACUGAUCCCAGUACAGGCAAUAUCCAUCAGAUCUGGGGUCUUACUGCCAGUUUGGCCAUAAUAGUUGCUGUGUUUGCUCUCAGAAAGAAACCGGAGUUUGAGAUUGGCUUAAACUUAAAAGAUCCAGUUUCUCAGUUUAAAGACGUCCUUAAUCAGAGAUUAAGCAAAUUAUGAAAUAUACUGCUGAUUCAGUGUGUUAUUCAAAGGGAAAAAAACAUUUACUGUAAUUGCGCCGAAGAAUUGCAUAAGACCAAAGAUUCAAUUAUUCGUUAAAGCUCAUGUAAUUAUGAUUUAAAAACAAAAUAUGUUACAGUUCUUUCUUGUAUCCCAGCUAUAAGUAAGCCGUUUGUCGGAUGAUUUCAGCUAGAAGUGUAACACUAUGGUGCUAUCAAAACAUUUCUCUGUUUGUUUGAGCAUCCCCGUCCAGUUUGUCACUGCAACAUUGGCUCGACUAGAAAUUACACACUUUAGCUUUAAGGAUAUUCUCGAUGUAAAAAAAUAGUUUUAAAUUGACAGCGAGCUGUGGAUAGAUCUCAUUUGUCUAUACUGAUCGGAAUUAUUACACUAAAGGGUUAAUGAGCACUUGCCUUGAGUAAUGGUAGCCAGCUGGUACGUGAUAGCUGUGCAGUGAGUAAACCUCGCUCUCCUGGCCUUAAGAGACGCACUAGCUACAGAGUCUAGAGGCCAUGGCUUUUGUAACCUCCUUGCUAGUGCGUCCGACUCCCAAGCCGGGGAUCGCCGGUUCGAAUCCCGCUCAGGGUGGGUUGAGUAGGAGGGUGAAAAAGUAUUCACAAAUGGUAAAUAUCAAGUAUUAAAGCAGGUAUUGAUACUGCAGUAAAUACAUUUCAUUUUUAACAAAUACAUAUGAGACUGUUAUAGUUAAAGGGAUAUAAAAUAAUACAUUAAAUGAGUGUAAACAAGGUGAUUACAAAUGGUGAGAAACUAAAUGGUGACUAGUCACAGGACCUAAGAUAUACACUUUCCCUAUGCAUUCAUAUACAUUUUAGCCUAAAAUCUCAGUUUAUAAAAAAUUUAAAAAAAAACAUGGACAUGUUAUACGUAUGUGCAGCAGUGUAUAUUUGGUAAUACAAAGUGCCCUAGAGUGUAUUCACCUUGUUAGAUCAACAUUGUGUGUUCCCCAAAUCUCCACUAGAGAUCAUCAUUACUUAACUUUUGAUAAGAGCGAAACGUUCAUUCUUGACGCGCUCAUUUUAAGCAAAUGUAUUUGCAGUGUUGAUUCCGUUUUAUUAUUUGCAUAUAUUUCAAAUGUGAGUAUUUUCUAGAUUAAAGUACAACGGGGCUAAAGGCCCCCUGGCUCCAGGGUAAAAGGCACUUUUAAUGUUCUUUUCUCUGAAAACACUAAACAGCAACAAAAACUUAACACAGUACUUUCCUUAACACCUGUUUGUCAAUAAAUACUGCAUAAUAUUCCUAAUAUUAUCAUAAUGAUAUCAUGAUUUUAUCAUAAUAUACAUCGUGUGUAACGUCUAAAGUUUCAUUUUUAGGUAAUUUGAUCUAAUAUUUAAAAAAAAAAAAUAAUGUUCCAAAUUUGUGUAUAGUAGAGAAAUAUAAAGAAAUUCCCUGAAAUUGUCACGUUUAUUUUAAGACAAAAUACUUCUGUCAUUUUCAGAUAAAUCAAAUGUUUUUGAAUAACUGUUCAAUACGUAAAAGGAAAGUAUUUGGGGUAAAAAGCCCCCUUAUUGCAGGGGCUAAAGGCCUCUAUAAAAACACAUUGUUUUUCUUAAUAGAUUUGUUAUAAAAAUAAAAAAUACAUCAAAUUUGGUUCAAAUUGACUGAUCCAAUCACAGCGAUUGAUUGGUUUAUAGAAUACUUGAGAUGUUCUGAAAUGCCAAAUGUGAUUGAAAUUAAAAGAACAUGAUUAACCCUUUUCUAAAGUGGUUAUUUUGAAUAAAUAUUAUCUUCAUUUGUUACUCAAAAAGCAUCUUGCUGUCUCAAAAGUAUUUGCAUAAGUUGAUAAAUUUUGUCUUAUAACUAUUGUCCCUAUAUUUACACAAUAUAUCUUUAACCCCCCUCACCACCUUUUUUAAAAAAAAAAAAGAAUUUUAAUCAAAACAACCUUCAUUUAUUUUUUUAUUUUUUUCACAUCAAUUGUGUUGCUCCAUCAAUAUUUAAUACCAAAAAAAUCUUCAAUCUUUAUACACUGUGACCAGAAAUAAAAGCACAUUUUACUUAAGGUGGCCUUUAGCCCCGUUGUACCCUAUACAUCUUUAAGUACCCUCCUGGGAAGAAACCCCCCCCCCCCCAGCUAAAACCAGUUUAAAAUUGUUUGCUGGUGUGGUUUAAUCUAUAGUCUCCCAGCCUGGCCAAGCUGGAGCUCAUAUAUUUUUAAGAUCAAUAUACACCGAUGAGCCAAAUCAUUAUGACCACACAUAGGUGAAGGGAAUAACGUUGAUCAUCUCCUAACAAGGCCAUAUGUCAAGGUCUGAGUUGAUUAGACGAUAAGCAAAAAAAUCAGUUCUUGUAGUAAACGUGUUGAAUGCAGGAGAAAUGGGCAGGAGUAAAAACCUUAGUGACUUUGAUAAGGGCCAAAUUGUUAUGGCCAGAGGACUGGGUCAGAGCAUCUCUGAAACAGCAAGGCUUGUGGGGUGCUCCCAGUCAGCAGUGGUGAGUACCUGCUGACAGUGGUCAGAGGAGUGACUGUGGCACAAGUCACAGAACAUUGUAAUGAUUGUUACGGGAAGGAUGUGUCACAACACACAGUGCAUUGCACCCUGCUGCGUAUGGGGCUGUGUAGACGCAGACUGGUCAGAGUGCCCAUGAUGACCCCUGUCCACCAUCAGAAGCGCCUACAAUGGGCACGCGAGCAUCGGAACUGGACCUUGGAGCAGUGAAAAAAAGGUCGCCUGGUCCAGUAAGUCCCAUUUUCUUUUACAUCACGUGAACAGCCUUGUACGUGUGCGCCAUUUGCCUGGGGAGGUGAUGGCACCAGGAUGCACUGUGGGAAGACGACAAGGGAGUGUGAUGCUCUGGGCAAUGUUCUGUUGGGAAACCCUGGGUCUGGCCUUUUAUGUGGAAGUUAAUUUGACACGUGCCACCUACCUAAACAUCAUUGCAGGCCAGGUACACCCCUCAUGGUAGUGGCCUCUUUCAGCAGGAUAAUGUGCCCUGCCACACUGCACACAUUGUUCAGGAAUAGUUUGAGGAACACGAUGAAGAGUUCAAGGUGUUGCCCUGUCAUCCAAAUUCCCCAGAUGUCAAUCUGAUUGAGCAUCUGUGGGAUGUGCUGAACCAACAAGUCCGAUCCACAGCAACUCCACCUCGCAACUUACAGGACUUGAAGGAUCUGAUGUCUUGGUCCCAGAUACCACAGGACACCUUCAGGGGUCUUAUAGAGUCCAUGCUUCGGCAGGUCAGCGCUGUUUGGCGGCACACAGAGGACCAACAGCAUAAUUAGCCAGGUGGUCAUAAUGUUUGGCUCAUCAAUGUAUAGAUGAAACACUAAUUUGGUGUUGUGAAAAUGUCACUUUGUGAUUUUGUUUUGUACCUAGUCAGCUGAAAAUAUGCUGAAACGUUUAAAAAUAAAACAACAUUUUUGAUGA